AUGUCCGCCCCUCCGUACCUCGACGCCGCUGCUGCCGCGGACCUCUCCGCCGUCCUCGUCCGCCUCGUCUCCGCGUUCGAGGUGUAUACGGCCGAGGAGAUACAAAUCCGCCCGCCCCAGUUUCCCGAUACCAACACGGUGUAUCGCUGGGCGUCGUGGGCCCGCGCCCUCGUGAUAGACUUCUAUGGCUAUAUCGCGAACCACCAUCUAGCGGUGCAGUUCCACCAUCCCCCGGCCGAGUUCGACAUCCAGCCCGUUCUUGUCCGGCUUUCGAUGUCGAUGUACCACCUCUCCGGAAAUGAUCGUGUCCCCGCCGCCCUCCGACCCCUCCUUGCCAACCUGGAGGCCGACCUUCGCCGCCCGGCACAGAUUCAUCCUAAUGGCCGGUACGUUGUCUGGGGGUCGAACCAGUUGUCGUUCCCUCUCGCCGUCCCUCUCCUCCCUCCCUUCCCUCCUUUCCCCUUUUAUCCCGUCGUGUUUGACCGAAAUGCACCACCUCGUCGUUUCGUGCCCCGACCAUUGGAGGAGUACCGGCGGGCUACUCUGCGCGGAGAGGCGGCGACCCCGAACCUGGCCACCAUGUCCCUUCCCUCCGCCGCCCUGAGCCCCGCAGCUCAGCCCCCGGAAGGAGUCUUCGUCCCCCCUUUCUUUCCUCCUGGGCCGUUCCGGCUGGACGGCAGCUUCUCCCCUCGGCACGCCUCACAGCUUCCUCCUCCGCCCGCACAAUCCUCUCCCGGUCCUUCGGUGCGUACACCGUCCAGCCCCGACCAUUUCGUUCGUGACACCGGCCUCCUCGACCCCGUCCCGCCCGUUCCCUCCGCUGGUUCGGUGGUCGCCCCCCAGCCGUCGCCUACUGGCCCUCCGUCGGCUGCUCCGCGCCUCGCCCCUUCGCGAUCCUUGCCCGCGCCAUCCGCCCCAGGUCCUAUCGUCCCCACUACGGGCCUCGUCGACUCUGUCCCUCGGGCCCCAGCGGCGGCUUCUCGUGCACCCCCCGCCAGCUCUCGCCCCGCGCCCAUCAUCCAAGCUCCUGGGCUGCGGUUGUACGGGGUCUCUCAGCCACCCCCUGCCGUUGCCCCUAGCGCUUCGACCCCGGGUCCCUCCGCCGCGGUUGCUGCCUCCUCGUCACGUCCCUCCGGUCCUGCUGCCUCCUCCGGUCCGGCUGCAGGUUCCUCCGAUCCAGUGCCCCCGGCCCCCUCCGGUCAGACGGCCGCGUCUCGAACUCGCUACGGCUUGUUCGUAUACGCCCCUAGCCAGGCUUGCAGCAGGUGCGCUGCGCAGAGGCCUCCGGGAGUGUGUCGCGUGGAUGGCCACUCGCAGCACUCAUGCGCUGGGUGCGUGAAAGCCAAGGUGGGCUGUUCGCUCCGAGGUGUCCCUACAGCGCGGCUCGGGCUUCGAUAUAUCGGCCCCCACCCCUUGCAGACCAGGCACUCGGUAGCCGGUUCCCUCCAGUUCCUUCCCGACCCGCCGGUCGCAAACGCACCCGCCGACUUACUCGGGGCUUUCCCGUCGUCUUCUAGGGCGGCGAACCCGUCGUCUUCAAGCGGGGCCGGUCCUUCGUCGUCGGUGUUGCCGCGGAAAUCGACACCGCUGUUCUUCGACAGCCCGCGUAGUACUCCCGCACCCUCCGUCCCUCCGAACGUGGCCAUGCGCUCCGCCGCGCUUGCCUCCGGUGCGACUCACGCCGCGCAGUUGGCUGAUCGUUCCCGGUCGGCGCGCCGUUCUCGCCCGCCCAUGUCACCCUCCGCGACCCCGUCUGUGAGCGACGAGCACGAAGUCGAGAGCGAGGACGAGCGCGACGAGCUGGACGACGAUGAAGAGGAGGUCGCUGGUUUGGCCACGUUCAACUUCGAGCGCGAGCUAGACGUUCAGACCGCUCUGGACGUCUCGCAGGUGUUAUCACGGCUCCACGGGUCCUUCAGCGAGGACGUCGCCAACGAAGUUUUCAUCGUGAUUCCCCCUGGCGGCGUCCCUUCUCUUUGGCUCCCUGAGCUCGCGGUGCUCGCGCGUUGGAUGGCUUGGGCUCGGACCGCCGUGUUCCACCUGAACGCCUUCGUCGCGAACCUCGUCAUCGCGAUGCAGUUCGGGUACCCUCCGACGCCGCUCCCUCCCCAGUACGAGGAAGUGAUCGCCCGCACCCGUCGCAACGCCUUCAACGUCGGGAGGUGCCAACACCUCGCCCCCGAGCUGGUACAACUCGAGAUACGACGUCUCAUCGCGGACUUCCGGGUGUACCCCGAGUCCUCCGGGAUCGCCAGCCCAGCAAGGGGACUCUCCGACGACGAGCUAACUCAGUUCUACGCCGCUUCUUCCCCCUCCUUGGCUCACUCCCCAUCCGUCGGAGGCCGCUCCCCCUCCGUCGAGUACUCUUCCGGACCUGAUGAUCCGCCCCCGUCUCCUCCUCGUCGACCCCGCACGACCCGCCCGUCCUCUGGUCCCCCCGCCACGACUGACGCGCACGGCAACCGCAUCUUCGUACCGCCUCGCCCCCGCCCUGGCACGUCUCGCCCAGUUGCAUCGUCCAUCCCCUCGCUCGCGAGUGCCCCGGCGGCCCCCUCCGUAGUUCCGAGGCCCUCAGGCCCCCCCGUGCCUCCGCGCCCGACCGUGCCCGCCGCCACCGUUCCCACAGCGUCGACGGUUUACACCGAUCCUGCGCCACCACUCCCCUCCGGUGCCUCCGAAGCCUCGCGCUCCCGGUACGGAUUGUUCGUGUAUGCACCACAGACGCCGUGCGAGAGAUGCGCCGCACUGUCUCCUCGUGGGCUCUGCCGAGUCGACGGCAACCCCGACCACGCGUGUGUAUACUGUGCGAAGAAGAAGACGAGGUGCAGUAUCCGCCACACCCGUGAGUCACCCUGUUUCACCACCACGCCCCUCCGUGAUCUGGCCACUGACUUCACGCCUAGCCGUCCGGUCCUUAAGGCUUCGACCCGGGACGACGCCUUGCUGUACUCGGCUUCGUUCCGUCCCGACCCUCCUGUCGCGGGUACUCCUUCGGACCUGCUACAGGCAUUCCCUCGCUCCGGAGAAGGCGUGACUCCGUCCUCCGCCGCCCCGAGCGCACUCGCCAUACCCGUUCCCACCGCCCCUCCGAGUGUCCGCCUCCGCUCAGCUGCCCUGGCUUCUAGCGCGACGCAUGCCCAGCACCUCGCUGUCCAUGCGAGUUCGCUACGCGAUCGGCCGCCAUCGAGGACUCCUUCCGACCCAGCCGACUUCCGGUUCGAACCGCCAGACGACGAGGACGAAGAAGACGGGGGUAGCGGCGGGCCCGGAGAGGACGAAGAGGAAGGAGAGGUUUUCAAUCUCGUUACCUCGAUACGGGGAAUGCACGCCUCAUCCCCUGCGCCCCAACAGUCUCCUCCGCGCGUGUACGAUAGAUCCUAG